AUGUUCGCUGAGUUAGACUUCGAUGCUGAGGCAGAUAAUUCCUCCUCCGCACCGGGAGGUGUUUCUGAGUGUGCUUGUUCUUCGAUUCAAGAUAGUGGCAGUUCUUCUGCCCUAACGCCUAAUGACGACGCUCUCGUGGUGCAGUUACAUCGCCCAGGGAGCGAAGGUUUCUCCUGUGUGGCGGGGCCUGCUGACGGUGCCACAAGAAUGUAUGAUGAAAAACUUAUUAACGGAGAUUCGUGGGUCAGUGAUGAAUGCCACUGUGUCUACUGUGAAGUGUUGAAGGCGUCAUCGAGUCUUUCAAAGUUGCAGGGGCGGUUUAAAAGGGAUUUGAGGCCGACAGGGGACAGGGUUGGGGGUAGGAAAACUGUUGUUUUGCUACUUGACCUAGACAACUACGGUUUCAAUCAAUUCAAAAGCGUCCCACCGCGGAGAAGUGAAGGCAGUAACAUCAAUGUACUGGAUCACUUAUUUGUGUGGAGUUUCUUUAGCUCAUGCUUCGCACGUUAUCAUGGAGUGUUGCCCGAUGCACAUGUCGUUUGCCAACGCAACAGCGGGUCCGAGGCUGAUGCCAGACAUAGCGAUGUGAAUAACUUGAAUUGGGGCCAAGGAAAGAAAAGUGUGUGGAAGCACCUCGCGGACGAGGGGCGUUUGCACUUUACACCAUGUGGUGGUCAACAGCAGGCAGCUGACGGUGUCAUUAUGCAAAUUGCGUACGCAAUGGUUCAUAUGCCUUUGAUUGUUGUGAGCGGUGACCAAGGACUUCUUCGUGCCAUUAGCGAGAGGAGGCGAGUAGCAGGGAGGAAAACUUCCCGUGACAUUAUGGAAAACGAACUAACCUCCCAGUUGGAAGUAAUCAAUGUUUGUAAACACAAUAAGAAAUUCUUUCCGGUAUGGCGGGAUUUGGAGACGGCGGUGAGACGCAUCAUUCAUCAUAAGUGA